ACCUGGCUCAUUAGAGAAAUCGCUUCCUAACGGUUCGAAGCUUUAACCGACUUCUCCGGAUCGAAAGCUAUAAUUUGCGCCCCGCCGUAGAGACAACGACACUUGAACGCACGAGCACCAGCAUCGCUUAGCAUCCAAACGGGUUUAGGUUUUUGUCUCUCAACCACAUCGGUUUGGAUCGGAUGAUGGCCAUUAAGAACAGUCAUCGUAUCCUCGUCACCUGGACGGCCCUGGCCCUCCUGCUGACGCACGGCAGUCAUGUUGUGGAUGCCCGCCGUAACCAAGGCAACAAUCAGCGGAAGACCUCCUCAUCAUCAUCCUCCUCUGGCUCCAGCUACGGUCACGUGACCCAGCCAAGCUACAAUACCAACGGUCACGCCGCUGGCAACUCGCACGCCGAUGUCGCCAAGCUGAGCUAUCCGAACUACAAUUCCCAGCCCAACCGACCACCUAGCAGCGGCAGUGCUCCUCAGCCCGGCUGGAAUGUGCCCCAGGGUCCGCCUCCAGCUUACUCCGCCUCAAAUCCCGUCGGCGGAGCUCGUCCCAACAUGCACGAACAGCCGCCGGCCUACCAUGCUCCCAACUACGGCGCUGCUCCGCCCAGCUAUGGUGCGGCCACAGGAUCGAAUGUCCAUCAGCCGAUUACCGCCACCCAGAACCAUGGCACUCAGUACUCGGGUGUGCCUGCCGGAGCCACUUACUAUCCAGCUGGACACGCCGGCGGUGGCUAUCCUUCCAAUCUGCCUGCCGGCGCCACCUACUAUCCAUCGGGUAGUCAUGUUCCCAUGGCUGGUGGCUAUCAUCCUGCAGCAGCUCCUCCACCGGGCGCUACCUACUACCAGGCUGGCUCAGCCCUGCCGCCGGGUGCCACCUACUACUCGUCGCCGCCGCAGCAAUCCUCCUCGGGUCUGGGUUUCGGAACUGGUCUUUUGGCUGGUGGCUUGGGCGGCGCUCUGCUGGGUCACGCCCUUACACCGUCUGGUGGCAGCUCCUCCUCGCAGCCGGUGGCCGCAGCUCCGGCCGCUGGACAGGAUCGCAUCAUCAUCAUCAACAACGGUGUGCCGGUGAAUGCCAGUGACGGCACCACCGUCAUCAAUGCGGCUGGAGUGGCAGCUGCGCCUGGAGCAGCUGCAGGAGCAGUACCAGCCAUGAACGCCACCCAAGAUGCCCAGCCAGCUGUACCCAUGGCUCCAAUUGCCCCCAUGGCACCCUUCAAUCCCGAGGCCUCCAACAUGACGGCACCAAAUGCCACGGAUGCUGCAGCUCCGCCACCACCGGGCGGUAUCAUUUGUGUGCCCACCAAGGUGAACGAAACGGAUCCCAACGACAGCACCAAGACGGUCGAGGUGGAGAAGAUCGCCUGCUAUCCGGCACCGCCGCCACCAGCAGCUCCUGCAGGCGAGGGACCAGCACCACUGGCCCCCAUGGCACCCGUCCAGCCGGGAUCCCAGCAGGUCCAACAGGCUCCGGACGUGGCCAGUCCCGUGCAGGCGUCCGUCAAAUCGAAUACCAAUGGAGCCGAGUCUUUGAACGGCCUGAUGGCUGCAGUGACGUCGCUACUGUUUGGUUUGGUGGCCAAGCGAUUUGCAUUCGCUGGCUAUUAGGAAGAGUGUUGGCUGCUUCUGGAACGUUCCGCGCUCAUCCCCCCAUGCCCCCAUGCCCGUUCCCCACAGACCUUUGCCUUUUCCAAGCUUUCAAGGUCUUGUGUUUGGUAUUUUGUAUUAUUUUUUUGUGUCACCCCGUAGUGGCGCAGUUUGUUUUUCUGGCCAAGAUCGAUACCAGUUCUGCAGGCGCUAAUUGGACAACAUUUCACACCAUCUCUCCCAUUACAAAUAUAAACCCUGUCCCGGUAUCCAGUAUUUUCCCAGUCUAAUUAGAAUACUAAUUAUUUUGUUGAUUAAUCCAUCCAUCCAUCCUCCACUCAGCCUUCAAAUGUGAUUACGAUGAUGGGAAAGCCAUCCAUAAAAAAAAAAUCCAUAAGAAUCCAACAACGACAAAGACAAAUGUUUAAUGUGAAUCUUGCAUUCGAAUAUAUAUACUAUAUACUAUAUAAUAUUACUCACAACAAAAAAAAAGAAACCCUUUAAUUGAAAAAAAAGACAUAAUUGAGAGCCAACGAGCUCUCACUAAAAAAGUGUAUUAUAUAUAUUUUUCUAGAAUUGUUAGCGUAACUGUUGCUUAUUUUUUUUUUAUUGUCUGUUUGUAUUGUAUUGUUGUAAGCAAUUGUAUUUGUUGCACUACUCCUACUCAAAUUGUUAUAAAUAAACGCUUUCGCCUUAAAAAAAACACCCAUAGCACCGA